AUGGCGGCUGACUCCUACCUCCUUUAUCAGCUGCUGCACUACGACGCCACGAAGCUCCAUGUGGUUGUGUACUGCUUUGGAAGGGAUUUUGCAUACUUGUUUGACAAGAGGACACGAACGGUGACAAUAUACGUGGGUGAGAGUAAUAUUGGAAGGGCUAUGAUAAAUUUGGCUGGGAGUGGAAUGAAGGGGUAUAUCAUCAUCGAUAUGGCAAUACAUUUUGGAGAGCCAUCUAAUGAUGUUGUGCCCUCCCCUGAGUGGGGCAUCAUUACGUUGUCGUCUCCGCACGAAGAUAACCUGAAAGCAUGGACGGAGCAGGCGGAGUAUUGGAGAAGGAUGCACAUGCACAUGCAUGACGUCGGACCGAUUCCACGAUGCAUCUUUCAAUUCAAUGAGUAUAAGGACCGCGUGGAGGAAAUCAAGGACAUCCUGGCAGGUAUCGAUGCCUCAAAUGCUGUACAUUAUGGGAUGAUUGGAGGUGUGGAAGAGUGGCCCUCGAAUGACGCUUCUCACAAACUUAUGAAGGCUGUCAGAGCAAUAACACAACGCGGUCUUGAGGCGUUUGUGAACCUUCCGGUCUGUUUUUCCAUUGAAAGCAAACUAAUUGGAAGGUUGCUCGAGGUGGAUGAGAAGAAUGACAUUUUUUUUCGAAUAUCGAAGUGCAGAAAAGAAUUAUUGGCAGACGCUUCGGAGCGGUAUACUCUGCACACAUUCCUGCGUAGAGUCUUUAUGUAA